UGUAUAUAACUGACAAUUUCCGAUAUUAUCCACUGAUUUCUCCAUAUAAUAAUCGCGCGGGAGAAUAAGACAAAAUCCCAUUUUUGCCCUUUACCGAAACCGGUUCAGUUGAGCAACGCCUUCCCUGAUUUUCCGACGAUCCACAAUCGAAUUUACUUCUCUCUCUACAAAAUUCGUGCAAUCUUCAACUCUUAUAUUUUCUCUCCACACACAUUAAUGGCAGGCCUUCAAUACCUCUGCUGAUGCUAAGAAGCUGCGAUUCUCAGCAUCUAAUUCAGCUCAAACCGUAAAAACAGAUCUGAUUUAAGGUUGAUGAAGCUUGUAAUCGGCGUUUGCUGUUCCGAUCGUUCGUGCCGAGCAAUACUCUUAUGGAAUUCUCCUGAAAUCGAGCCGCCUUUAGUUUAUUCUGGAGGAACUUUGAAAGAGAAGCGGGGAUAUAGUGAUCGUUUUUCGAGCAAUGGUGAAAGGGGAAGAGGAACGCUGGUCUUUCCCUUGACGAGUUUGCAGAUCGGGGAUUUGCAGUCCUACCUUUCACAUCUCCACCUAUUUCUAGCCAAUGAAAGUGGGAAUUUCUACAUCUUGGUGGAUAAUAGGCCAUGGUUGAAAGAUCCCGCAUCUCUGUCUACUCAUUGGUGGCAAUUGAUGGUCACUAAGUCCAGGUUGUCCCCAUUUGCGAACACAAGGGGCACAAAGGAAAGCAAGUUGUCUGAAGAACUUCCAGAUUUGCAGGCUUCUUCCCCACCACCUACCAGAAAACAAAGAGUCCUCCGAGAGUGGUUUCAUGUCAUCGAUGCUAUGGUUGUAUCUAGGAAGGAUGCUUUGCUUCCUGUGAAGAAGCUUACAAACACAUUGAUUGCAAAUGGCGUGAUACAAAGAACUCUGUACGCAUUCAUUGUGUUUGAGGUUGCAUGGAUUAAUGUUCAUGGAAUCAACUAUUAUAAUGAGGUUCAGACAGACACAUCACUUGCUACAGAGGCUAAGAUUAUGCGGAGAUGGGAAUUCGACAGUAUAGCACAAGCUGACAGUAGCAUUGCAUUGCCUCGUGGUUUCCAGGGACAAUUAAAGAACAUAUUCUUUUGAAGGAGCAUCUGGAUGCCACACUAGGGUGACGAAGAGUGUCAGCGAGCACAGUUGAGAUUUCAUUGUGGCGUUCCCUUUGGCAUGAUCUUUUCUCUCAGAUUUUUCGUGCUCUGCGAAGUAUUCUCUGCGGUUUAGUGGCUUUCCUCGCUGCCUGCAAUAGGCACCGUCUCAG